AUGACUUUGCAAUGGGCCGACAAGUCCACCACUCAUCCUAUAGGGAUUGCAGAAGACUUGUUAGUUAAAGUUGAUAAGUUUUUUUUCCCGGUCGAUUUUGUGGUGAUUGAUAUGGAGGAGGAUUAUGACACACCUAUAAUACUUGGAAGACCUUUCAUGAAAACCGCUCGGAUGAUGAUCGAUAUCGAUGACGGUCUAAUGAAAGUGAGAGUUUUGGAUGAAGAAGUGUGUUUUAACCUCUUUGAAGCGAUGAAGCAUAAAAAUGAUACAAGUGAUUGCUUUCGAGUGGAUGUGACCGAUAAAGCCAUCAUGCAAGUGAAGAAGAAAAGUCAUGCAUCUACUCCUCUUGAGAGAGCUCUCACAAAUGCUCUUCAAAUUCUAAAUGAAGAUGAAGAAAAAGAAAUGGAGGAAUGCUUGAAGGAAUUGGAAGCAUUAGAAGAAAGUUCUCUUUUGAAAGAGGUGGUUGAUGAGUUGAAAAUGCCAAUUACAAAAGAGGAGAGUAAACUUGAAUUGAAAAUGCUUCCUUCACACUUGAAGUAUGUGUUCCUCGAGAAAAAUGAAAACAAACCGGUUAUAAUUAGCAAUGCCCUUUCUAAGGGUGAAGAAGAAAAAUUGCUUGUGGUCUUAGAAAAAAAUCAAGAAGCAAUGGGAUGGACUCUUUCCGAUCUCAAAGGAAUUAGUCCCUCUUUUUGUAAGCAUAAGAUUUUGAUGGAGGACGACUUUAAACCGGUGGCUCAACCACAAAGAAGAUUGAAUCUGGUAAUGAAAGAGGUGGUGAGAAAGGAAGUACUGAAAAUGUUAGAAGCUGGGAUGAUUUAUCCGAUCUCGGAUAAUGCUUGGUUGAGCUCCGUUCAUAUGGUGCCCAAGAAGGGUGGAAUGAUGGUGAUCCGUAACGAAAAGAACGAGCUAAUUCCAACUAGAAUCGUGACAGGUUGGAGGAUGUGUAUCGAUUAUCGUAGGCUAAACCAAGCUACGAGAAAAGAUCACUUCCCCUUGCCUUUUAUGGAUCAAAUGCUCGAGAGGCUAUCCGGUCAACAAUUUUAUUGUUUCUUAGACGGGUAUUCGGGAGAAUAA